CGUGAUUUUUGCUGAUGCAGAGCAGUUCAUUAAGAACAUAGGAACCGAUCGGUUUGAAUUUUCCAAAUUGGGUGUGGAAAAUUAGUGCACAACUUGACGAAAAUCAGCAACAUGGCUCAAAUCAUCGAUGGCAAGAAUAUGGCUAACCAAAUACACAGCGAAUUGUGUAAGGAGCUGAGUCAGUUUGUGGCCGAAGGUAAUCCUGUGCCCCACCUGACUGCCAUCAUUGUGGGCGAAGAUCCCGCCAGCCAGAAAUACGUGGAAAAGAAGACAGAGGCGUGCAAGGAAAUCGGCAUUCGCAGCCGCACAAUUGUGUUGCCCGAGUCAACGACACAAGCGGAGCUGCUGGAUGUGAUCGACCAGCAGAACAAGGAUGAGAGUGUGAAUGGUGUAUUGGUGCAGCUACCUGUGCCGGCGCACAUUGAUGAGCGGACCGUGUGCAAUGCCAUAAUUGCUGCCAAGGACGUGGACGGGUUCAAUGAGAUUAACAUUGGUCGUCUGGCUCUGGACAUGAAUGGUAUUGUGCCGGCCACGCCACUCGGUGUGAAGACUUUGCUCGAGCGCGCCAAUAUACCAACAUAUGGACGGAAUGCUGUUGUGGUCGGCCGCUCCAAAAAUGUGGGUCUGCCCUUAUCCAUAUUGUUGCACUCGGAUGGCAGCCACGCAACCAAGGGCCUGGAUGCCACGGUCACCAUUUGUCAUCGCUAUACGCCAGCCAAGGAGCUGGCAAAAUAUUGCCGCCAAGCUGAUAUUAUUGUGGUGGCCGUGGGUAAGCCGGGUUUGAUAACCAAGGAUAUGGUCAAGCCAGGUGCUUGUGUCAUUGAUGUGGGCAUCACCCGAAUCCAAGAUGAGACAGGCAAAUAUAAGCUUGUUGGCGACGUAGACUUCGAUGAAGUGCGUCAGGUGGCUGGACAUAUUACCCCAGUGCCUGGAGGUGUUGGCCCCAUGACAGUUGCCAUGCUGAUGCAAAACACUAUCCUGGCGGCCAAGAAACAGGCCGCAGAUCGAGCCAACUGAAAUUGAUAUACCCUCCAGAAUUUUACAACGAAUUUACGAUUUAAUUUCUGCUGCCAGCAGCGGGCCAUAGUAUUUUGUUAUUUAAAGCACUAAUAGACUAAUAAGCCACACUAACAACCAUAUACGUA